UCCACACCCGGUCCCCUUUGCAUGCCUUUAAACUUUCUAAUGAAAUCCCCAAACUCAUUUUGACAAACGUUAUUUUUUUCUCUGGGCGUCCAGAGGGCUUUCGACACAUUAAGACGCGUUUCUAUCGCAAAGAAAACUUCAGAAUAUGGAGCCCAGUUCCACAGAGGGAGGAGCUGAAGAGACGCUCCUUAAAAAUCAACCACCAAGUCUUCCUCACAAAGUGAUACUCAAACAUGGCCAGGAGUUGGAGGAAGAGCAGGAGGAGUUGGCCGAGCACCAGCCUCUAGAGCAGGAAGACCUGAACUUUGAGAGAUGGAAGCGCAGGCCGUUACCCGAGAGGACGCUCCACCAGAAAAUAGUCGACAUUAAGACAUACUUGUGGAAUGCAGAGACCCGCGAAUUCAUGGGUCGCUCUGGGAAGAGCUGGAGCCUCAUCCUUCUCUUCUACGCUGCACUUUAUUUGUUUCUUGCAGCCAUGUUUGGUGGCUGUAUGUUUUGCCUCAUGUGGUCUAUUAGUCCCUACCAUCCAACCUACAAUGAUAGAGUGAUGCCACCAGGUAUGACGAUGGCCCCACACCUAGAGGGCCACGAGAUCAACUUCAACGCCUCAAGUCGCAAGUCCUGGAAGAUGUACGCCAAGUCUAUGGAUGAAUAUCUGAAACAGUAUAACGACGACCCUCAGCAGAAGAAGAAUAUUCAUUGCUCACACGACAGAUACUUCAUGCAGGACGACUUGGAAGAGAGCGCAGAGCGGAAAUCGUGUGAGUUCAGGAGGUCCUGGCUGGGGGACUGUUCGGGGCUGCAGGACCCCAACUAUGGCUAUUCUCAGGGAAGGCCAUGCAUCCUCCUUCGGAUGAACAGGAUUAUUGGAUUCUUACCUGGCCAGGGCAAACCAGUCAACGUGACUUGUGGAGUUAAGAGAGGACCUACAGACACCUUGGGAGAAAUCGAAUUUUUCCCGAAAAGCUUUUUUGACCUGAAUUACUAUCCAUACUACGGGAAGCUCAGACACACAAACUACUCUGCGCCGGUGGUGGCUGUGCGCUUCAUGUCGGUGCAGUACGACACUCACAUCCAAGUACAAUGCAAGCUGAAUGGAAAGGGCAUCAUCAACGACUCCCCUACUGACCGAAACCUGGGCAGUGUGACCUUCUCCUUGGAUAUCGGAGCAUGAGGCGAAGAUAUCGCUGCCAGCAGGAUGCUCCUGUGACGAGGCAGGAAAAUGUACAAGAAAAAAAUAUGUUGAACCAUUAUUUUCCAUGAAAUAUAUAGUUUCCCUCUCCUCAUCUUUUACUUAAAUAUCCACAUAUUUUGCUGUGAAACAAAUUCCUCAAGAAGUAGAUGUUUACUCUUGUGUUUCUGUUCCUGAGCGUCAUCGUGUCAUAAAGUGAGUUACAAUUCCUGAUAUUUUGUAAUGAUUAGCAAGAUUAAUCAAACUAAAUGACGCUCUGCCCAAUAGUUAGAGUUUCUGGCUAUGCAAAUCCAAUUGUGACUUAAAACAUUACUAGGCAAUUUGAAAUAUUGGUAUAUCAGGUUAGAUCAUGGUUUUGUGAGCACAGUUUUGUGUGACAAUGUGUACUAAUUUGUUUUGAAUUAUAUUUUUCAAACAUGUAUAUUGUAAGAAUUAUCUAUCAUGCAAACACUGAAAGCAAGACUUAUACUGUACUUACACAGUAAAAAAAGACAUAGUAAAUGACUGCAAAUACACUAUUACUAUAUUUUUGUUGAAUAGAGCAGUAUUAUACAUUUAUGAUAAAGCAUCACAAGCCACUACUUGCAUUCUUUUGUAAAAACAUUUGCUUUUUAAAAUGAAAUACUACACAAGACUGAUCAAUAAAGAGACAUACUGUACUGUGAAAUAGUUUGCAAAAGGUCUGUACCAUUUAAACAUAAUUGUUUUGUGAUAGUAUUAAUCUCUGUCUGAACUUUGCUACUAAACAUGGUAUCAAUGUUGUAUUUAUUCAUAUUAUAGAUCUUAUAAUAAAUACAAUAUUCUGGUA